GCUCAAGACAAAAAUGUUUCCAACAACGUAACGAAACAUAAACCUGUCUGUCACAUACCACCUCCGGGAAAAUGCCAAUCACAAUCCUCCAACCGGCAUUACUACCGGCGCACAGCCCCCGAGAUGCAAACUACGAUUCCGAGUCAGAUUCGGAGGGCGGCGUCGACCUGGAAGGCGACAUCUCCAUGACGCGCCCGACCAAGCGAGCUCGACGGACAGGCGACGACUCGAUCGUGACUCCCGGCGAGGUGAUCACGGAAGACCCUCAAUGGAUGCGCGGCCACGGCACAUACACAACCGCAGACCCCCCCGCCAUAAUAUCCUCCGUAGCAGGCACCCUCUCCAGAACCAACAAGCUCCUUUCCGUGCGCCCUCUCCGCGCGCGCUACACCCCCGAGAUAGGCGACCUAGUCGUCGGCCGCAUCGUAGAAGUCCAAGCGAAGCGCUGGCGCGUCGACGUCGGCGCCUCGCUGCUCGCACAGCUGCCCCUCAGCGCCGUCAACCUCCCCGGCGGCAUCCAGCGCCGCCGCACCGAGACCGACGAGCUGCAGAUCCGGACCUUUUUCAGCGAGGGCGAUUUGCUGGUCGCCGAGGUCCAGCAGCUGUACUCGGAUGGCGGCGCCGUCCUGCACACGCGCAGCCUGCGCUUCGGCAAGCUGCGCAACGGCGUGUUCAUGGCGGUUAGCGGCACCGGCGGCGGCGGCGGCGUUAUCCGCGCCAAGCGGCAGACUUUCGUGCUGGAUGUGGGCCGGGCCGUGGGCGGUGGGGGUGCCGCCGCGGAUGAUGCCGAGAAGAUUGAUAUCGUGCUGGGCGUAAACGGGUAUAUCUGGGUCAGCAAGCAUGUCGAGGGCGAGGGCGCGGCAUCCGAGGGCACAGGGCCGGGGAUCACACGAAUCGAGGAGAGCGUGGGACUGAAUGUGUAUUCGAGCCAGAACGAUGCGAUACCGCCUGGCACGAUGCGUGAGAUUGCGCGUGUUAGGGGUGUUAUCAAUGCUCUUAUCGAGCAUGGCUUGCGUGUGGACGAAGAAAUGGUAGUUACGGGUUAUCAUGAAGCGGUCGAGAUGGCAAGAGCCGAUGGUGAUGGCGAGGAAACGCUAUAUCUUGGAGGUGAACGAGGUCGGCGACUGGCUGAUACCCUUGUGGGGCGGUAGGGACGGUCCAAGGCCAGCAGGUCAGCAAGGGAAAGCAACCAAUAAUGGUUUGGUUGUGUGAAUCUGUCACGUUGGCAUAUUUUGAUGCAAGAUAUGUCGUUAUAAGAGAGUACCUGUCACUAAGACAGCUAUACUGAAAAAAUACAAAUGUUAAGGAGUGAGAUACCAUCAAUUUGCACAU